CGCAUUAGUUUUUCGCUAAAUUCCGAGCGUAUCGGUGCACAAUGAGCGUUUCGCGAGCGUUCAAAGUGCUCAUCUCGCAUCCACAGGUGCCGGCGCCGGCAUUGCAGUUGCUCUGCUCGCGCGGUGCUGAGACAAUCAUCUGCAAAAGCGUGCCACCCAGCCGCGAUGAGAUACUGGAGAAGGUGGGUGGCGUGGAUGCCAUUUUGUGGGCGCACUAUCAGCCGCUGAAUGCUGUCAUACUCGAUGCAGCCGGGCCACAGUUGCGUGCCGUUAGCACCAUGUCCUCGGGCAUUGACUUUGCGGAUGUGGAGGAAUUCAAGCGUCGCAAGAUUCCAUUGGGGCAUACGCCAGGCGUGGUGAAGAAUUCGGUGGCAGAUCUGGCGAUUGGCCUCAUGAUUGCAGCCGGUCGACACUUUCAUGCCGGCCGCACAGAUAUUGAGACCUCUCAGUGGGUAACGGAGCACAUUGACUGGCGAAUGGGCGUGGAGAUUCGUGAUUCAGUUAUUGGUUUCUUUGGUUUUGGCGGCAUUAGCCAGGCCAUAGCCAAGCGCUUACAAUGCUGGGAUGUGGCCAAGAUACUCUAUACGACACGCAACCGCAAGGAAAACGAUGUCGACUACAAGGCAGAGCAUGUGCCCUUCGAGCGUCUGCUGCAGGAGAGUGAUUUCCUGGUGGUUGCUGCACCACUCACCAGCGAAACGCGUGAAAAAUUCAAUUCGAAGGCCUUUGCGCAAAUGAAAGGCAGCGCAGUGUUCGUCAACGUGGCCAGAGGCGGUCUGGUGAAUCAGGCUGACUUGCAUGAGGCUUUGAGCAGUGGGAAACUCUUUGCGGCGGGUCUAGACGUAACCACGCCAGAGCCCUUGCCAGCAGACAGUCCCAUUCUAAAGCUGCCCAAUUGUGUGGUGCUACCCCACCUGGGCACGCAGACCAUGAAGACGACCAUUGAAAUGAGCCUACUGGCAGCGAAUAAUAUUAUAAAUGCCAUCGAGGAUAAGCCCAUGCUCAGCCCAGCGUAUUGAACGGCAGGACUAUUGAUGGAUAUUAGAGUUGUGUAUAAAUGGGAGUCAAAUUGCUGACAAUUGUAAUUGUUGCAUAUAAUAAGGGAGUCUAUUCUGAGAAUGGAUUUGAUAGGGAAGGUUCAAAAAAAUGUAUAUAAGAAGAAGCAGCCCAGGCCAAACAACUGAUUUAUCUGCAACAAGCAAACUCGCUAAAAUUAUCCUUCAUUAUCCUUCAGCAAACCAUGCAACAAGAACUUAGUCAAAGCAAUAAAAUCAAUAGUCUUAAGCAA